GCCGCGCGUAACCUGCGCCGCUGCCUGUCGGCGCCCUCCCCGCGGAGGUAGGGGACCUGCCGCGGGGUGAUGGAGGAGCGUGGGUCCCCUUCCUAUAGCGCCCGCAGCCCCGCCUGGGAGGAGCUGGAGUCCGGGAAGAUGGCCGGGGCCGAGUCGGGGAUGAGCGGCGCCGGGAUCCCGCCGCAGCCCCAACCCCAACCCCCGGCGGCGGCGGCGGGGCCGGCGGACGAGUCGUCGGACAGCGAAGGGGAGCACGAGGGCCCCCAGAAACUCAUCCGGAAAGUGUCCACUUCGGGCCAGAUCCGCAGCAAGACAAGUAUAAAAGAAGGAUUACUACUGAAGCAAACCAGUUCUUUUCAGAGGUGGAAAAAGCGUUAUUUCAAACUUCGAGGUCGUACCCUUUACUAUGCUAAGGAUUCAAAGUCUCUAAUAUUUGAUGAAGUUGACCUGUCAGAUGCCAGUGUAGCUGAAUCGAGCACAAAAAAUGUCAACAACAGCUUCACGAUAAUCACUCCAUUUAGGAGGCUAAUACUGUGUGCUGAGAACAGAAAAGAAAUGGAGGACUGGAUAAGCUCUCUGAAGUCUGUUCAGUCCAGAGAACACUAUGAGACCGCACAGUUUAAUGUGGAACAUUUCUCAGGGAUGCAUAACUGGUACGCCUGCUCCCAUGCCCGACCUACCUUCUGUAACGUGUGUAGAGAGAGCCUCUCUGGAGUCACUUCUCACGGCCUGUCUUGUGAAGUGUGUAAGUUCAAAGCACAUAAAAGAUGUGCUGUCCGAGCAACAAAUAACUGCAAAUGGACUACAUUAGCUUCAAUUGGAAAAGACAUCAUUGAAGAUGAAGAUGGUAUAGCUAUGCCUCACCAGUGGUUAGAGGGUAAUCUGCCCGUCAGUGCCAAAUGUGCAGUCUGUGACAAGACUUGUGGCAGUGUUUUACGCCUGCAAGAUUGGAAGUGCCUUUGGUGUAAAGCUAUGGUUCACACUGCCUGUAAAGAUCUGUAUCCUCGUAAAUGUCCGCUUGGACAAUGUAAGGUAUCGAUCAUACCGCCAACAGCACUAAACAGUAUAGACUCUGAUGGUUUCUGGAAAGCCACAUGCCCGCCAUCCUGUGCCAGUCCUCUUUUAGUUUUUGUUAACUCAAAGAGUGGAGACAAUCAGGGAGUAAAGUUUCUUCGUCGAUUCAAACAGUCGUUAAAUCCAGCUCAGGUGUUCGAUUUAAUGAAUGGAGGACCUCACUUAGGUUUGCGGUUAUUUCAGAAGUUUGACAACUUCAGGAUUCUUGUGUGUGGUGGUGAUGGAAGCGUGGGUUGGGUUUUGUCAGAAAUUGAUAAGCUCAGCUUGCACAAACAGUGUCAGUUAGGAGUGUUACCCCUUGGUACUGGAAAUGACCUUGCUCGUGUGCUUGGUUGGGGAGGAUCCUGUGAUGAUGAUACGCAACUUCCUCAGAUUUUGGAGAAACUAGAACGAGCAAGCACGAAAAUGUUAGACAGGUGGAGUAUAAUGUCAUAUGAACUGAAAUUACCAACAAAGCCUUCUAUUCUUCCAGUGACUGCAGAAGAGUCAGAGGAAUGCCAGAUAUCUGCUUAUGAGGAUUCAGUUGCUGCUCAUCUUGCAAAAAUUCUCAAUUCUGAUCAGCACUCAGUUGUCAUAUCAUCUGCCAAAAUAUUAUGUGAAACUGUAAAGGACUUUGUUGCCAAAAUAGGGAAGACUUACGAAAAACCAAUGGAAAAUGCAGAGGAAGCUGAUGCUAUGGCCAUUAAAUGCUCCGAGUUAAACGAGAAGCUAGACCUGUUGCUCCAGGCUCUUCACACCGAAGCCCAGGCUGCUCCCAUUCUCCCAGGCGUCACUCCCCCCAUUGUGGAAGAAGAAGCAGAGGAGUUUUCAAGUGAAGAAUCCUUGUCUGAAAGUAAAGAGAAAUUAGCGGAGUGUGUCUCAAAGUCUUCCACCCAGAAACUCUUCAAACCAAGGGAACAGUUAAUGCUCCGGGCGAACAGCUUGAAGAAGGCUGUGAGGCAGAUCAUUGAACAAGCAGAAAAAGUUGUGGAUGAGCAGAAUGCUCAUAGUGAAGAACAAGUGAACCAGUCUUCACUAGAAUAUAGCAAAGAAUUGGAUGAAUCCAAAGAAGAGGAAAAAGAGGAAGAUACAAAGGAACUUGAGUCCCCAUCAAUUAAAACUGCACCAAGGUCUCCAGACCGACGUACAAGCCGAGGUGUCCAUUCUCAGACAGGCUCUUUCUCUGCUCCAGCUUUGGCUGCAAGCAAGGAAAACCUCCCAGUGCUUAACACUAGGAUUAUUUGCCCAGGUUUGAGGGCUGGUCUGGCUGCUUCUAUUGCAGGAAGUUCAAUUAUUAGCAAAAUGUUGCUAGCAAACAUCGAUCCAUUUGGUGCUACGCCAUUUAUUGACCCGGAUCCAGAUUCUCUGGAGGGUUAUUCAGAAAAAUGUGUCAUGAACAACUACUUUGGAAUUGGGUUAGAUGCAAAAAUUUCACUAGAAUUUAAUAACAAGCGAGAAGAGCACCCUGAAAAAUGCAGAAGUCGGACAAAAAACAUGAUGUGGUAUGGAGUUCUUGGCACAAAAGAGCUACUACAGAGAACUUACAAGAACUUAGAACAAAAAGUUCAACUUGAGUGUGACGGACAGUACAUCCCCCUUCCAAGUCUGCAGGGCAUAGCUGUGCUAAACAUUCCCAGCUAUGCUGGUGGGACUAAUUUCUGGGGUGGAACCAAAGAAGAUGAUAUAUUUGGGGCUCCAUCAUUCGAUGAUAAAAUCUUAGAAGUUGUUGCAGUAUUUGGCAGCAUGCAGAUGGCAGUGUCAAGAGUCAUCAAACUGCAGCAUCACAGGAUAGCUCAGUGUCGGUCAGUAAAGAUCACCAUACUUGGUGAUGAAGGGGUGCCAGUGCAAGUGGAUGGAGAGGCAUGGAUCCAGCCCCCGGGAGUUAUUAAGAUUGUACAUAAAAACAGAGCUCAGAUGCUAACACGAGACAGAGCCUUUGAAAACACCCUGAAGUCUUGGGAAGACAAACAGAAGUAUGAUUCCUGUAAACCUGUCAUUCGAUCUCCCUUGUACCCUCAGCAGGCUGUGGAGUUGGCUACAGAAGAAGAAGUUGCACAGAUCCAUCUGUGCUCGCAAGCUGCAGAAGAACUUAUUACCAGGAUCUGUGAAGCAGCAAAAAUACAUGGCCUCUUGGAGCAGGAGCUUGCUCAUGCUGUUAAUGCAUGUUCACAUGCAUUAAAUAAAGCCAACCCAAGGUUUCCUGAGAGCCUUACCAGAAACACUGCCAUGGAGAUAGCUGUCAAUGUGAAAGCCCUACAUAAUGAAACUGAAUCUCUGCUAGUAGGAAGAGUUCCUUUGCAGUUAGAAGCUCCCCAUGAAGAACUGCUGUCUGAUGCUUUGCACAGUGUGGAAAUAGAGUUGAGAAAACUUGCUGAGAUCCCUUGGCUUUAUUAUGUUUUUCAACCAAAUGAUGAUGAGGAUCCCCCUCUGGAUUAUGCUAAAAGAAACAACAGAAGUACAGUGUUUCGCAUAGUGCCAAAGUUUAAGAAAGAAAAAGUUCAGAAGCAUAAGACCAGCCCUCAGCCUGUUCAAAAAUGGGGCACAGAUGAAGUUGCUGCUUGGCUGGAUCUGCUCAGUUUGGGAGAGUACAAAGAAAUCUUCAUCAGCCAUGACAUCCGAGGCUCUGAGCUUUUACAUCUGGAAAGGCGAGAUCUUAAGGACCUGGGGAUAACGAAAGUGGGUCAUAUGAAGCGAAUUCUCCAGGGAAUUAAAGAGCUCGGCAAGAACACCCCUUUGCCUGAAGUGUAAUUAUGCUGGUGCUCUCCCUAGAGAGAGAAGGGAAAGUUGCUGGAGAAGCAAAGCUGUUGCAGGCACUUAGCUCUCUUUGUAGUUUACUCUAUGGAAGAAUAAGCACUGGUGUUUGUACAGGCUAGUAUCUCUGAAUUCUUGUAUGGUGAAGAGCUUGCUGCAAGAGUACAAAAGGAUUUGUGCCAAAAAAAAAAAAAAAAAAAAAAAAAAAAAAGGAAAAGGUAGUAUAUUCUGCGAAGAUGUUUUCUUGAUGUGCAAACUUGGCCAGUUCAGAAAAGCACAUUUUGGUAAAUUGAUUGGUUUAUGGUGAACUGCACUGAUGGGAAAAUAUAAUCAAGAAGUGAUUGCUUUGCUUAACAUGCAGCUCAGUAUGCCUCUCUUUAUGCUGCAGCAAGAUACCCCUGUACAGCAUGAAGUUGUCCGGUUGCCCUUCCGAGGCGUAGCUCCGUAAAACCUCCUGUGCAGGAGACCGAGGGGUUGUGGAGGUUCAACCCACGAACCUAGCAGUGCCACAGGUACCCAGCACUCCCUGGCCACGCAGGAGGGGCAGAGAUACCUUGUGAUACCGUGAAUGCAAACUAAAAUGCAUGGUGUGCCUGCCUGAAUCGUCUGUUGUUCUGUUGCAUGACACAUCUGAUACUUUAAACACUUGAACAACUUUUAUAUCGGUUUGAAUGGGAUUUAAUUUAUUACUACUUGAGUGUCUUUUUUUUUUUUUUUUUUUUUUUUUUUUCCCCCUCCAGUUUCAGGCACUUUUCUAUUCUUCAGUGUUGUGUUAUGCCUAAAAUGUGUUCUAUGGCAAAGGAUGUGUGGGUGUGGAAACUUAGCAUUUGUGCCAUAUUCAGCAGAAUAUAUGCAUUAUAUAUGAUUGAAACACUGUAUAGUUCGAUUUUUAAAUAUACCAUGUACAGAAGGUAUAUCAGGUAACUAACUUAUGAGUAUUUUUGAAAGACCGGUACCUCACAAAAAUAUCAGUUGGCUUCCUGCACGGAACAUGAUAAAGAAUUUUCUCAUGGUGCAUUUUAAUGUAAUUAUUCUGUUAUCUUAAACAUCUGUAGCAUAUUUGAACUUUUAGGCACUAAUGGUUUUAU